AUGUUCAAAAACUCUUUUCAGAGUGGUUUUCUCUCUAUUCUUUAUAGUAUUGGGAGCAAACCGCUUCAAAUAUGGGAUAAAAAUGAUUACGGACAACGAUAUACAGUCCCUUGUUUUGGAGAUUAUGGCACUACAUAUAUAUCAUGUCCCACAGCUCCGAGCAAAACUCUGGGGAUCAAACUCCCGUUUCUGGUGAUGAUAGUUAAGAACCUAAAAAGAUACUUUACCUUUGAAGUUCAGAUACUUGAUGAUAAGAAUAUACGACGUCGCUUCAGAGCCAGUAACUACCAGAGCACAACACGUGUGAAGCCUUUUAUCUGCACUAUGCCUAUGAGACUUGACGAAGGCUGGAACCAGAUUCAGUUCAAUCUGUCCGACUUUACUCGUCGUGCAUACGGGACCAAUUAUCUUGAAACACUGCGGGUUCAGAUUCACGCCAACUGCAGAAUUCGCAGAGUGUACUUUUGCGAUCGUCUCUACUCAGAGGACGAGUUGCCCGCGGAGUUCAAGCUCUAUCUACCAAUUAAGAACAAGCAGACGGCAUCCGUAUCUUGA